CAAAAUAAUGUUUCCUAGCUACGCCCCUGUAACCGGCAGCUGUUAUUGAUAAAAAUCCAGCAACCUCAAAUAUUGACACUAGGACAAGCUUGAGAGCUAUAACGUUAUCUAACAUCAAUCAAUUGCCUAGAAUCAUCUAGAGGGCCUGUAAAUACAUUGAAAGACGUCGUUAGAACCUGAAACAGUUCUUUAAGCAUGGCCAAGUUGGACGAAAAGAUUGGCUUCAUCGGGGGCGGAAACAUGGCCUUCGCCAUAGGAUCCGGACUGGUGCGCUGUGGGAUCGUGAAGGCCAGCCAGUUGCUGGUCUCCGGUCCCCACCUCGAGACUAUGCAGUGUUGGCGGGAACUAGGAGCUGAGACCUGCGAUGAGACCUCCAUGGUUCUGGAGCACACGGACAUAAUCUUCAUCUGCGUAAAGCCACACAUACUAUCAACGUGUGCCGCUCAGCUUAAGUACAAGCAUGUGCCGUCGGCUAAGGAUGCCAGCAAGCUGGUGGUGUCGGUUCUAGCGGGAACCAGCCUAAAAACGUUGGAGGAGGCCUUCAGCUUCUUGGGCAUUUCGGAGCUGAAGGUGAUCCGCACCAUGCCCAAUACAUCCAUGCAGGUUGGUGAGGGCUGCACUGUUUACACUGGCAACGCAUGGGUUUCGCAUCACGACUUGGAAAAGAUUCACCUAAUGCUCAAUGCCCUGGGAGUGGCACAACAGGUGCCCGAGACUAUGAUCGACGCCGUCACUGGUUUAGCUGGAUGUGGUCCGGCAUUUGCUUACACUAUCAUAGAGGCACUGGCCGAUGGCGGAGUAAAACAGGGUGUCCCGCGUCAGAUGGCCCUACAGUUUGCGGCUCAGACGCUCCUGGGAGCGGCCAAAACGGUGCUACUCACUGGCAAACAUCCAGCGGUGCUGCGAGAUGAUGUCUGCUCUCCCGGUGGCGCCACUAUAGUAGGCGUUCAUGAACUGGAAAAGGGAAACCUCAGGUCUACUUUAAUAAACGCCGUGGAGAAGUCCUCACAGCGCUCUGCUGAACUGGGAAAGAAAUAAAAAUGUAACUAGAGCUGACCCCCCUUGCUCUCUACAUACAAAGUUAAACGCUUGAUAUUGGUAUUACAAUAAUAACUAACAUAAAGACCAAGUUU